AUCGUCAUCAAAAGGAGAAGAAAACCAGGAUAUGGCAGGCGAGGAUUUGAUUGCCCAAUUCCAGACGCUCGGCAUGAGCGAGCAAAAGGCCAAGGAGACGCUCAAGAAUGCCAACGUGACGAAGAACCUACAAUUGGCACUGGCCCAGGCAGCCGGCGCUCCCCUCGCCGACGGCACGGGCAUGUUGCUCUACCACAUGGCCAGCAAACUGAAGGCGCAGCAAGCGGAGCAGCUGCCCCUUCUGGUGCGCUACAUUGUGGAGCGCAAGCUGGACAACACCCAGCGCGUGGAUGCCGCCCUGGAGUAUCUUCUUAAGUGUGGCCAGAAGCUGAAAGCCAACAUCGAUGUGAAGGAGCUGGAACAGGAGUGCGGAGUGGGUGUAGUGGUCACGCCGGAGGAAAUCGAACGCAUCGUGCAGGCCAAGAUCAAAAGCAGCUACAAGGAAGCCCUGCUGGAGCAGCGCUACCACUUCAAUUCCUUUAAAAUCCUACAGGAUGUGAGGGGCGAACUCAAGUGGGCGGAUGCCAAGUCGGUGAAGGCAGCCAUAGACGUGGAGAUAUUCGAUCUGCUGGGUCCCAAAACGGAGGCGGACUUGAAGCCCCCAGUCAAGCAGAACGAGAAGCCCAAGGCGGCCAAACCCAAGCCAGAAGCGAAUCCAUCUUUGCAAGCUAUGGAGGCUGCGUCCGAUGGAGCCAACACCAUAGCGGAGCUAAUGAAAACGAAGGUUCACUUCCAUGCUCCCGGUGAGAACUUCAAGACUGAUGGCUAUGUCGUGACCGAGCAUACCGAGAGAUUAUUGAAGGAGCAUCUCCAGAAGACUGGCGGACGUGUCCACACGAGAUUUCCCCCUGAGCCCAAUGGCAUCCUGCACAUUGGCCAUGCGAAGGCCAUUAACAUCAAUUUCGGCUAUGCUGCUGCUCAGGACGGUAUCUGCUAUCUGCGCUAUGAUGACACCAAUCCCGAAAAGGAGGAGGAAAAAUUCUUUGUGGGCAUCAAGGAUAUGGUAGAGUGGCUGGGAUACAAGCCUGCGAAGAUUACCUACUCCUCGGACAACUUCCAGCAGCUGUACGAAUGGGCUGUGGUCCUCAUUCGCAAGGGAUUGGCCUAUGUCUGCCACCAAAAAGCGGAGGAGCUGAAGGGCUUCACUCCCAAGCCAAGUCCCUGGCGUGAACGUCCAAUCGAGGAAUCGCUGCAACUGUUCGAGGACAUGAAGAGGGGUAAGAUCGAUGAGGGAGCGGCCACCCUGCGACUGAAGGUUACUCUGGAAGAGGGAAAAGUUGAUCCAGUGGCGUACCGCAUCAAGUUUAUUCCUCACCAUCGCACGGGCGAUACGUGGUGCAUUUAUCCGACGUACGACUACACGCACUGCCUGUGCGAUUCCAUCGAACAGAUCACCCACUCCUUGUGCACCAAGGAGUUCCAAUCCCGUCGCUCCUCCUACUACUGGCUGUGCAAUGCGCUGGAGAUCUAUUGUCCUGUUCAGUGGGAAUACGGCAGACUGAACAUGAACUAUGCCUUAGUCUCCAAGCGGAAAAUUGGCAAAUUGAUUACAGAAAAGAUUGUUCACGACUGGGAUGAUCCCAGGCUCUUCACCCUGACUGCCCUGAGACGAAGGGGCUUCCCAGCGGAGGCCAUCAACAAUUUCUGCGCCCAGAUGGGUGUAACAGGCGCUCAAAUCGCUGUGGAUCCAGCCAUGUUGGAGGCCUCUGUGCGCGAUGUACUCAAUUUGACGGCACCGCGUCGUCUGGUUGUGCUGGAACCCCUCAAGGUGACCAUCAAGAACUUCCCGCAUGCUGCGCCCGUGCAGUUGGAGGUGCCGGAUUUCCCACAAAAUCAAGAGAAAGGUUCGCACAAGAUUACCCUCGACAAGGUGAUCUACAUAGAGCGAGGCGACUUCAAAGUGGAGCCAGAGAAGGGAUAUCGCCGUCUGUCGCCCAAGCAAUCGGUCGGUCUUCGUCACGCCGGCCUGGUGAUCAGCGUGGAAGAGAUUGUGAAGCAUCCAGACACUGGAGAAGUCGUCGAGCUGAUUUGUUCCAGCCAAUCUGCGGAGCAGGCCGAGAAACCCAAGGCUUUUGUCCAGUGGGUCUCCCAGCCCAUACCUCUUGAGGUGCGUCUGUACGAGCAACUGUUUAAGCACAAGAAUCCUGAGGAUACAAAUGAGGUGCCCGGUGGCUUCUUAACAGACAUCAGCGAGCACACCAUCUCAGUGGUCCAGGCUUUCGCGGAUCAGGCCCUUGCCCAGGUCAAGGUCUAUGACAAGUUCCAAUUCGAGAGAAUUGGCUUCUUCUCCGUGGAUCCGGACACCUCAAACAAUAGAAUUGUUUUCAACCGCACUGUGGGCCUCAAAGAGGACGCUGGCAAAAAAUAAUCCUCAUUUACCGCCCUUUUUACAGAAAAAAGAAAGCUGUGCACUCAUUAAAAUUUGAUUUAUAAAAUCUGUAAAA